GACACGCACAGUCAAAUGCCAGUUAGUUGCCCAAACACACUUAGGUAUAAUUUUCGGAGUAGCAUGACAAUUUAUUAUUAAUGGCUCAGUUGUUGAAUAUUUCGUUUAAGAAGAACGACCUUUACUCCUCGUGGGGUUUUCAAGUAUGUGGCGGAAGAGACAGUUGGCGACCAUUGACCGUGAGAAAUGUGCAAAAUGGCACUUUAGCCUACAACUAUUUAAGUGUCGGUGAUCGAGUCUUAGAGAUCGAUGGCAUAGACUGUUAUUCAUUAACCGAAUCUCAGGCAAUCAGUUUUCUACGUAGGCCAAGUAAUUCAAUUGAACUUUUGAUAUUAAAACGACGGGGUGAAAACGUCGUACCACCCAAAAGGUCGUCCAGUUGUAAAGCUUUACAAAAUUUUGUCUUUCCAAAACAUCAGAGUAUAUCAGAACCGUGUUCUCCACGCCACCAAAUUAUCAAUAAUAAUAUAGAAAUCUCUGCUAAUUCAGAAAACCAAUUUCGAGAAUUUGAAGAAUCAGAUAAUAAAUGCCUAAAACGAUGUUUUGAAGAACCCAACAAAGAAUUUACCUCGCUACCAAUAAAAAAUGAAAAUGAGGUAUUACAGUUUUCUAACUUCAAACCUCGAAGGAAUUCGUUACAAAAAGACGGUGAACUCGUGUUUCUCAGAAGUCGGUCGAGUUCACCGCAAUUCUGGAAAACAAAUGUGGAAACGUCGGUCACUGGACCACCUAGUGACUGUAAAAGUUUUUGGAAAAAAUUAGAAAAAUGUUCAAUGGAAGAUUUGAGUGUCCGUCGCACUCCAAGUCCAGUAAGACCAGCGAGUGUGGCAUUCUAUUCUAAAACACCCGAACCUAUUGUUCAGUCAAAAGCUGAAAUAGUUUCAGCAAGAAAAAAGGUGACUUUUAGUAACGUGUUGUUGGAGAGAAAUUAUUUGCAAAUGGAUUUACCAGAUUUAUCUCCUGGGUCAAGAGUUGAUGAAGAAUUCAAUAAAAUAUACAACAGUUCCCGUCAGGAAGAACAGCAUCAAAUAGGAGCGAAAGACUUAGCUGCUGGAGAUAUGUCCGCACCACCCCCACCAGCACCUCCACCACUGCCAUAUUCUGGAGGUACAAUUCAAGGUGGUCCGCCCCCACCACCACCUCCACCAAUGUUGCAUAGUGGACACAUUCCAGCUAUUAGAAUAAAAACUGAGCUGAAUGAACCUAGAGAAAUACCAUCAACCAUACAAAAUGCAAUGGCUACCAAAGACAAAAAACCAUUUACUUAUCUUCCAGGUGGAUUAGAUUUGAGUGAGAUUAGAAGUCCUCGAAUGCAAAGGCGCUUAGAAAGAAAUGCCCAGACUCCGCCUAGCCCGGAAGAAGUACCUCAAAAAUCUCCAGACUAUCAGCAACAACAAGAGAUGAAACCAAACUGUGAACAAAAACCAGUUUGUAACGUGCGCUCUGCCUCGGAAAGAGUAUGUCUGUUGCCCCAAGUUCAACAUCAACCAUUGCUGAAUAAGUCGCCUACUCCUUGGAUGCAAAAGGCUGCGCAAAUUCAACCCUCCCUAGCUCCAUGGACCCAAAACAAAAAAGAAUAUGUUGAUCAGGUUGAUAAAACAGAAGAACGAGUUAUACCCGUACGAGUUGAAAUUAAUAAACCAACACAACCGUUGAAGAAUAAUAUAAACCACUCGUAUGAUUCUGAACCGAUACAAGGACGUUCAUUUAAAGUGCUUCAACAAAUUACUGAGCCAAAAGGCGUGCUAUAUGAUGGUACUCAGCCCUAUAACAGCCAAUCAUUACCCUUAUCUGAACUCAGAAAGUUGCAGUUAAGUGAUGACGACCGAUCUUUCAUGAAUAGAGUUAAAUCUCAAGUUGACGAUGAUAAAUUUUUACACAACGAAACGGACCCUCGUUACAAAGGUGCGUCGAUUCCGUCUAGAAGUUUUCGAAUGUUGCAAACAUUAACGAACUCUGCACCUGUACCGAUGGAUAACAGCAACUACAAACAAUCGGCACCGAUAAACAAUUACGUAUCAGUAGAACCUAUAGAAUCCAAAAUUUAUGUACCACCGUCAGAGAGACCUGUCGUCUCAGAACCGCAUAAGUAUACCGGUGGCUCUAUACCAUCCAGAUCAUUCAGAAUAUUACAAGCUAUGACUGGCCAAAAUAACGAAGAAGAAGAAGAACAACAACAAAAUGACUUAUUAAACCUGCAAUCGCACACCCCUUAUCCUUUUCUAUGUCCCGAAUUUUGGCAACAUUACAAUUAUCUAAAGGAAUUUCACGACUUACACUGCGCUGGUUCUGCGUCUGUGACAGAUCAGCAACAAUACCAGCACCAACAAAAACAACAACACCACCAUCAAUAUCAACAACAACAAUUGGUACAGACCGGUGUCGCGUCGGCUGCAGACUCCAUCAACGCGGCGUAUGCCGGCCACGUGUUGAAUACCAUUGCCGAAGAAGAACCCGCUAACGACGAGAACGUUUCCUCACCGUUCGAUGGCGAUACCGACACGAGUGAAUGCGAAGUUACGGUGACGGUGACGUUGCCACUGAAGAAAGUUGUCAUCGAGACGAUGGAACAGGAAGAACAGGUGUCGACUAGUUCGCCGGUGGACUUUUGGCAACAAAUCAACGACGGUGCAGGAGGUCCGGCCGACACGUCUACGUCGGACAACGUCAAUGAGUGUUCGGAUCACGAAGAGCCAUCGGCCGUCGUUUGUCAGACGGAGAGUCUGCUGCAGAAGCCGUCGGGGGCCGCUUGUCCGCCGGACGACCAGGCGGUCGGUGACCUGCAGUCGACGGAUCGCGAAGACGACGACGCCGAUUCGGGCAUUACUACUACAUCGUCGGCAGACAUGACGAGUCGACCAUCUUUCGACAAAGACGUGAUCGGUGGUGGUAGAAGUGGAGGCGUCAGCGUCGGUUCAAAGAAAUACCAAAGAACGUGCACGCACUCGCGACUCUUCGACUUUUUGCAGCGCGAUGAUGACGACGACGCCUACGACGAUGACGGCGCAGAUUCCAGCAACGUUAUUUCGGACAUGAGAAACAAGCCGCCGCAGUCGUGUACUUCCGGUUACUCUUCGGCGGCCACCACGCCGUCCACGCCGUCCGUGGUAGGCAGAAGUCGGACUUACGAAUCGGACUUGGCCCGGACAGAGUAUGACAGUUACUACAAGAGCUGGGAGUACGCUUGCCCGUACUUUGGAUACGACAUACUGCCGUCUAAGGCGUUUAAGACCAUCGCGACACGGCUUCAGAACAGCGACGGUCCCGUGGCGACCUGCAAGUCCCCGACGACUACUGCUGCAGGCACCAUCACCACCAGGUUCAAGUGUCCCAAAAUUCCUGCCGGAGAAGACGGAUCUUAAACUCGUCUCUUCCCCGUCACCAUCCCUUACCCAAGCACUUUUCAUUUCUCUCGUUUGGGUUUUUUUUUACGAUUUUUUAAGGUAAUUUAGGUGAAUCUGACUUCUGAUUUGGAAUGACGGUAACCACAAUCAAACUGCUUUUACAUUAAAUGAUUUAUAUUUGUAUGAUGGUUUACACAUUUUUUGCUAUAUUCAUAUUUGUAUAAAUAAUUUUAACUAUUUAGUAUUGUAGGUAAACUGAAGUUACAUUAACACAUAAUUCUAGCUUAAUAUAUAAUAUUUAUGUUGUCUAAUGUCUAUAUUAUAAAAAGAAUAAUUGUAAUAAAAAUGGAUAAGUUCAAAACCAUGAAUAAAAAACGGUCUUCACAGUUGUA